UGCUCACACCUUUCUGCACAUAAAAGAAUUCAUUCUGGAGAGAAACCCUACAAAUGUCAAGAAUGCAACAAAACCUUUAAGCAGUCCUCACACCUUUCUGUACAUCAAAGAAUUCAUUCUGGAGAGAAACCCUAUAAAUGUGAAGAAUGUGGAAAAGCCUUUAACUGGUCCUCACACCUUUCUGUACAUCGAAGAAUUCAUUCUGGAGAGAAACCCUACAAAUGUGAAGAAUGUGGAAAAGCCUUUAACCGGUCUUCACACCUUUCUAUACAUAAAAGAAUUCAUUCUGGAGAGAAACCGUAUAAAUGUCAAGAAUGUGGCAAAUCCUUUAACGAUUCCUCAAAUCUCUCUGUACAUAGAAGAAGUCAUUCUGGAGAGAAACCCUACAAAUGUCAAGAAUGUAACAAAACCUUUAAACAGUCCUCACACCUUUCUGUACAUCAAAGAAUUCAUUCUGGAGAGAAACCCUACAAAUGUGAAGAAUGUGGCAACGCCUUUAAUUAUUACUCAAAUCUCUCUGUACAUGAAAGAAUUCAUUCUGGAGAGAAACCCUACAAAUGUGAAGAAUGUGGCCAAGCUUUUAAGAAUUCCUCAACCCUUUCUAUGCAUAAAAGAAUUCAUUCUGGGGAAAAACCCUACAAAUGUGUAGAAUGUGGCAAAUCCUUUAGGCAUUCGUCAGCCUUGUCAGUACAUAAAAGAAUUCAUUCUGGGGAGAAGCCUUACAAAUGUGAAGAAUGUGGCAAAAUUUUUAACCAGUACUCAAACCUUUCUGUACAUAAAAAAAUUCAUUCUGGAGAGAAACCCUACAAAUGUGAAGAAUGUGGCAAAUCCUUUAACAAUUCCUCAAGCCUUUCUGUACAUAAAAGAAUUCAUUCUGGGGAGACACCCUACAAAUGUGAAGAAUGUGGCAAAGCCUUUAAGGAUCCCUCAACCUUUUCUACACAUAAAAGAAUUCAUUCUGGAGAGAAACCAUACAAAUGUGAAGAAUGUGGAAAACCCUUUAACAAUCCCUCAUACCUUUCUCGACAUAAAAAAAUUCAUUCUGGAGAGAAACCAUACAAAUGUGAAGAAUGUGGAAAAGCCUUUAACAAUCCCUCACACCUUUCUCGACAUAAAAAAAUUCAUUCUGGAGAGAAACCAUACAAAUGUGAAGAAUGUGGAAAACCUUUUAACAAUCUCUCACACCUUUCUCGACAUAAAAAAAUUCAUUCAGGAGAGAAACCCUACAAAUGUGAAGAACAAUGUGGCAAAGCCUUUAACCAUUACUCAACCCUUUCUGUACAUAAAAGAAUUCAUUCUGGAGAGAAACCCUACAAAUGUGAAAUAUGUUGCAAAGCCUUUAGCCAUUACUCAACACUUUCUGUCCAUAGAAGAAUUCAUUCUGGGGAGAAACCAUACAAAUGUGAUGAAUGUGGAAAAGCCUUUAAGCAGUCCUCAAACCUUUCUGGACAUAAAAGAAUUCAUUCUGGAGAGAAACCAUACAAAUGUGAAGAAUGUACCAAAUCUUUUAAGGAUUACUCAACCCUUUCUGUACAUAAAAGAAUUCAUUCUGGAGAGAAACCAUACAAAUGUCAACAAUGUGGCAAAGCCUUUAACCAUUCCUCAACCCUUUCUGUACAUGAAAGAAUUCAUUCUGGGGAGAAACCAUACAAAUGUCAAAAAUGUGGGAAAUCCUUUAACCAGUACUCAAACCUUUCUGUACAUGAAAGAAUUCAUUCUGGGGAGAAACCGUACAAAUGUCAAGAAUGUGGAAAAGCCUUUAAACAGUCCUCACACCUUUCUCGACAUAAAAGAUUUCAUUCUGGAGAGAAACCAUACAAAUGUCAAGAAUGUGGCAAAUCCUUUAAUGAUAACUCAACCCUUUCUAUACAUAAAAGAAUUCAUUCUGGUGAGAAACCAUACAAAUGUGAAGAAUGUCGCAAACUCUUUAGCAAUUACUCGACCCUUUCUGUACAUAAAAGAAUUCAUUCUGGAGAGAAGCCAUACAAAUGUGAAGAAUGUCACAAAGACUUUAGCAGUUACUCAACCCUUUCUGUACAUAAAAGAAUUCAUUCUGGGGAGAAACCAUACAAAUGUGAAAAAUGUGGCAAAUCCUUUAAGCAGUCCUCACACCUUUUUGGACAUAACAGAAUUCAUUCUGGAGAGAAACCAUACAAAUGUCAAGAAUGUGGCAAAUCCUUUAAGGAUUACUCAACCCUUUCUGUGCAUAAAAGAAUUCAUUCUGGAGAGAAACCCUACAAAUGUGAAGUAUGUUGCAAAGCCUUUACCCAUUACUCAACCCUUUCUGUACAUAAAAGAAUUCAUUCUGGAGAGAAACCCUAUAAAUGUGAAGAAUGUGGAAAAGCCUUUAUCCAUUACUCAUCCCUUUCUGUACAUGAAAGAAUUCAUUCUGGGGAGAAACCUUACAAAUGUCAACAAUGUGGAAAAACCUUUAACCACUGUUCAACGCUUUCUGUACAUAAAAGAAUUCAUUCUGGAGAGAAAACUUACGAAUGUCAACAAUGUGGCAAAUCUUUUAACCAGUACUCAAAUCUUUCUACACAUAAAAAAGUUCAUUCUGGAGAGAACUAAUAAAUAUGAAUAGUGUGGCAAACCAUCUAAAUCAGGUUGGAACUGGCCUGUCCAUAAAAAAAAAAAAAUCGUACAAUAUAGACAUCUCACAAAUAUGAAGAAUGUAGUGGUACUUUUACUUGGUGUUCAUAACUUAGCAUAAAAUAACUCACACUGGAGAUAAAUUCUACAAAUGUGAACAGUGUGACAAUGCACAUAAACAAAAGGUCAAAACUUACUACAUAUAAGAAAAUUCAUAUUGGAGAGAAAUCUUAGAAAUGUGAAUAA